GUAGGAGCUGCCAUUGCUUCGGAUAGAGCUGUUAAUUGUAUGGCAGUUUUCUUAUGCUAGUUUCACAAACGGGACUAUUGCAUUAUUAAUAAGUAUCAUUCCACAAUGAUACUGUGGUUGAUGCUGCUCUUGGCGGCUGGGACGUACCAGGCCCUCCCGACCAACGUCCAAAUUACUCCAGACACUCCACUAGACAGCUUAACUCUCGAUGAGCUUGACCAGCUACUAUCCGAAAAAUUGGUGGAACUUCAAGUAGACAUCCUGAAGACCUACGAAGAGCAGUUACGGGAACACGAAGAAACUCUACACCAUCUUCACCGACAUCGUCGUGAGUCGCCACCAGUGAUACUUGAUGUACCAAAUCCUCUCUAUCCUGUCUUAAACCAAGAAGCUUGGCACUCUUAUGUGUACGACACCCGUCCCUCGAGGGAAAUUGCAUCAGUGACGGAUCUUGUUACCAAUAUAUUCACGAAUGUGCAGACUGUUAUGGACGUCUUUCCCGUAGCCCUUGACGACAUUCACGCAAUAUACAAGAUGGAUUCGGGAUAUGGCUACAUUCUGCAAGAUGACAAGAUGCAUCUGCUGAUGGUCCGUAACCAGUGGACCAACUCGCCUAUCGGGUGUGCCUGCCCUGGCCAACCUACGGACACGAGAUGUGCCUGCUGCGCUCCUGGUGGUGUUCUCUGCCAAGUUUCGGCAAGUGGUGUAAGCAAUACAUGCGUUGAAGACUCUGCGCUAGGCGCCCAGAUGUGUGUUGCCCAAACUUCAAAGCCUCUUGAAUUGGAUUAUGCAAUUGCAUUUGAAUACCAUACUUUCUCCGAGGGGGUGCAGCAAGUUGUCGUAAUUGCAAAAGGGGCAUCUGUCAACUUCUAUAAACUGGAUCAAUGGGGUCUGCAAGAUUUUCAUUCACUGAAAGGCCAUAACACUAUCACACUAGAUAGUGAUGUAACUCAUCUAGGAUAUGGAGAAGUGUUUGUAGAACAGUUCGGUACAGUUGCAAGGAAGAGGUAUUUGUUUACUUUCGGCCUUGACAGUAGCAGCAAGCGUUAUUAUGAAGUCGUAAUAAAUCCAGGGGACCUCUCCAUAGAAACUGGAUUUUCAAUGACGUGGGAUACCACUGGAACAUCAAUGAAAGUCUGGCAAAACGGUGGCAGAGUAAUCAUUGGAGUACAAGAUGGUACUAACCUCAAUAUUCACGAACUAACAAGUGACCGCUGGGGUAGACAACAAAUUUCAUUGCAACAAGUAUUGAUCCUCCCAGCAACGGUAACCUCCUGGAGAAGCUAUGCCACAGGCUUUGAAAAUUUCCUCGUAGCCACGACCCCAACCUUUGCUCGCAUUUACAUGGAGAGUAGGGGCGAGUACCAAAUUCUUCAGAACCUCUUGCCUACUGGUAGUCUUUCAAGCUUCAUUGAAUUGGUGCCAGUCAGUCUUCCUUCCUGUAAGGACGAAGUAAUCCUAAUGACCGGAUCGGGAAGCAUUGUGCAAAUCUUCGUUUGGGAUGGAACAAAAGGACUUUACUCCCUGGGAAAUGAAACUACAGUACUAGCUGAUAUAACUGGCUGGGACAAAGGCUUUGGUGAUGUAAGAUCAAUUAGUACAGCUGUCCCAAAGUUGAUACUGAAAUCGACACUAGGAGUUGUUGGCAUUGAUGUUGUUGCAGAGAUGCUUCAUCUCGAAGACCCUAUUUGGGAUGAAAGUGUUGCCCUGAAGAACAGAAAGCAGUACCUGGAGAACGAAUAUACAAGGCAGAGGGAAGUGAUGAGUGAUAUAGAUGACAGAUUAAAUCAUUCUGUAGACACCGUUACAGCAACUGUUAACAUUACUGGUGAUGUGACCAUUUUGAAUGGCAUAAUCCUUGACAAGACCUUAACAGUUACGGACUUGACUGCAAGCAACCUUGUAUUCCCCAACACUGAUCUUUCUGGCAUAAGCUACAGUGGAUACAAAGAUCACCUUGAUCAGCUAGCCAAUAGUGCCACAUGGCUACAGACUAUAGAUGGCACCUUAACUUCCAUUGAAACAGAACUAGAAGAUGCUGUUAGUGUGACUACAACCAAAAAGAUCAAUGGCAGAAAGGUAAUUGUGGAUGGGUUAACGGUUCAGGAGCUGAAUGUUGACAGUGCAGUUUUCCAAGAAGUUUUGGACACUGGUGAUCAAACUUUCCCUAUUACUUCAACACUUGAAGGACUAGUAAAGUUUGCUGAUCCACGCAAGAUAACGGGCAAGAAGACCUUUGCAACAAGGCUUGAUGUCACAAAUCUUGAAACGGGCUCCCUUGAUGACAUUCCUGUGAGUGAUGUUGCAACUACAACAGGCAGCUAUGCAGUAACUGGUAGUGUUAACUUUGUCAACACCCUACAAGCAAGGAAUGUAGCUCUACCAAGUGGUGGCACUGUUGGCGGUAUAGAUCUUACAAAUGCAGUUACACUAAAUGGCCCAGCAAAGUUAGGUUAUACUGUCUUCAAUAAGAACUUGACAGUUAGUGAAAACCUACAAGUGGAUUCUACUGAUGUGGAUGGUGUAAUUAUUGAGCAGCUGUACAGGAACGCGCUAACAAAAGCGGGUGGAAAAUUGAAGGGACCUCUAGCAUUUACUAACGAUGUGACUGCGAAGUCUCUUUCUGCUAGCCUGCUAUCUGGUGUUAGUUCGCCUAUUUUCUUGUCUACAACUGUAUUCAAGAAUGAAGCUAGUCAACUGACGGGCAAGAUAAAGGUACCAAGCCUUACAGCCAAAAGCUUGCAAGUUGGAGACAUGGUCAACGGCAAAGCUUUCCCCUCUGACUUCCCCCUUAAGACAGAUUCUAGUCUGAACCUAGGCACCAAAGCCUUCAAUGAUUUGACUUGUGAAAAUCUUGUAGUUGACAAUGGUGCUUCUGUUGAUGGUAUCCUGUUUGAAAACUUGGUCACUCUCCACAGAGCUCAAACAAUGACUGGAAUAAAGACCAUAACAAAUGGUGUUGAUAUUCAAGGCAGCCUCCAAGUUCCUAGUAGCUUGGUUGCAGGUGUGAAUUUCGAUGAACUACAUGCCAACCUUACAGCAAUUUUGGAUCCAAUGGGUGAAGGAUUUGAUUGUUAUUUCUUUGAACCUGUCACAGCCCCAACUGUAGUGUAUUCAGGUCAACUAAAUGCACUGAAUAUUGUGGAUCUUGGUCAAGAUAUAAUCUACAGUGCUGACCCUACAGCAGCAGUAUCAGGCACAAAGAUCUUCACUCUUCCACUGAGUAUCUCUCAUGCAACAUUUGACACUACAUUUAAUGGUGUAAGCUUUGAAGAGCUUGUACAUAGCUUCUCAAGUACUCCUAUAGCCGGAGUAAAAACCUUCAAGAAACCAGUUACUUUCUCAUCAAAUGUUGACGUAACGGGUCUAGUUGAUGGUGUGGACUUGAAGCAACUCUUUGAUUCUGCCCUCUACUUGGACAAGGUGGGACAAGUGGUAACAGGAAGGAAGACCUUCACCAGUACAGUGUCGGCUGGAGAACUAGAUGUGCAGGGCAGAGUAUCUGGUGUGGACUUCACCAAGGUGCUGGCUAACUCUGGUGCCCAAACCUUCACUGUUCCCCAGAAGUUUGCAGCAGCCUCCUUUGGUGCUCUGGAUACUAGCCAAAUCGAUAUGUCUGAUGGCUUCACAAUGAAUGGCAUUGACAUUUCUGUGCUGGACAGCAUUCGCAUGAGCCGCAAGAAUCCUACUGCCCACUUGGGUGCCCUAACUGUAAAUGGAAUGGUAUCUGUUCUUGGUGCAUUUGAUGCAGUAAACAUCGAUGGGCAUAAUGUUGCACAGUUGAAGAACAACAUUGUCACAGAUGACAUGGACUCAAUCAUCUCGUCGGAUCUGAGCUUUGCAAGCCUAACUGUGAAAGGAUCUGUAAGUACAGCUAACAAGGCUGGUGCUAAUGGCAAGAACAUAAGCAGAAUCCACGAAAAUGCAGUCUUCCUAGGAGGUAACAAUGCCAUGACAGGAUCUGUGACCUGGGGUGACCUUGACCUGCAAGACGAUGUAGCGGUUGGAGGACUUGUCAAUGGGAAGGACCUGCAAGUGGUGCACAACAAUGCAGUGUACAAAGAUGCCAAUUCUGUCCAGAUAACAGGCAAGAAGGUAUUCGUGAAUGGUCUUUCUGUGAAAGGAGACAUAGACACAGAAACUACAAAUGGUAUUGACCUUGGUACAAGACUCUUCACUCUCCACACUGACCAAGAUAUCACUGCUGCAUUUACUUUCGAUUCUGUAACGGCUGAGAAAAAUUUGACCCUUGAUGGUACUUUUGAUGGAGUUGAUCUUGAAAGGCUCGAUUCUCAAGCCCUCAAGCAGAGUGCAGAUAACAUUGGAAACAUUGUCUUCAAUGGAAAAGUGACGGUUGGCGAUUUCCAGGUUGCUGGAAACCUGGAAAAUAUUGAUGUCAAUCAAAGGCUUCAAGAUGCUGUACGCUUAACUGGUAGUGAUAUAAUAAUUAGAGGUAAAAAGAGUUUCGUCAGUGACGUAACCUUCAAGAAUAUCUUCACCACAAACUUGAACAACGUCGACUUUAAUGCUUUCUUAAGCCAUGCAGUACGCAAGAAUGUCCCAAUUACACUGAACAGAAACAUCAAGGUUAAUGGGCUAGUAACUGCACCCUCGGUAACUGCUAACUCCCUCGCAAUACAGGGUUCGGUAGAUGGCAUAGAUUACAAGGACUUGAUGACUAAAGCGGUUCUCCUUGAUGGGACACAGUCUUCAACUUCUAAUUUGCAAUUUGCAAAUGAUGUAUCGGUAACGGGUAACCUUGCUAUCACAAAACUAAAUGAUUUAGAAGUGGAUACCCAUUACCUAACCACCAAUACACCGCAGACCUUCAUAACAAAUGUAGAAGUUAAUGAUGUUCAUGCAUCUACUAAUGUGGCGGUACUGGGUAAGGUUAACAACGUAAACCUUCCUGCAGAAUCUCUAAACACUCUGAAGAAAAGUGGAGGCCAAACUGUAACUGGACUAAAACGUAUAGAAGGUUUGACUAUUGUAUCAAACAAUGUUGAAGUAACAGGCAAAACGGGAGACGAUGCCUUGGUCGACUUCUCGACAGAGGUCGUGUAUCUGACCGAAGCUCCAACAAUAAGUGGGCGUCUUAACUUCUCUUCUGGCCUAACUGUACAGAGUUUAACUAGCACCAGUGGUGAGAUUGGUGACAUAGAUUUGGUAAACUUGGCAAAUAAGGCUUGGUAUUACAAUAAACCAGCUUUAAUCACUGCUAGCCUGAACUUCACCUACCCAGUAGUCAUGAAGGAGACUCUACUGACUAGUCACCCAGUGGAUGGCAUGCUUGUAAGUGCAGUGUAUGGAGAAGCUAAAAGUGCACUAGAGACCUACUCUACCUACAAUGAAGGCAUAAAGAGCCUUUACAUCAAUAAAUGCCCCCUCAUUGAAGAAGCAUAUGAAGAUACUCAGAGGGCCAUAUUUGAUGCAGACUACUUUGAUUUGGUGCAUGAGCUCCAGUUUAGUGGGAAACUAAAGUCUUCUGGAUCUGUGAGGAUGGGCGAUUACUCCUAUGUUGUCAUGAGCUGGGACCAAACUUGUGAUGUGACGAUGCACAAGUAUGGCACUAAUUUUGUACACACUACAGCGCAGUACUCUAAUGUUGGAUCUGGUAAAGACUGGAUAGACUUCGAACACAAUGGAAAUAUUUUCCUCAUCAUGGCUGCAUCUGCUGCAGACAAUAGCUGCAGCAGGACAAAUAGUGUUGCCUUCAAGCUAGAGAAUGGUGUACUUGCUGUGCACCAAGAACUUGUUGCAGGAGAAAAGGUCCAACAGGCUUUUGUCGAAGAAACUGGAUCAAUGGGAAUAUCUAUUACCAUGGGCAGCACAAGACACAUCUACAGCUUCAGCAGCUCAAAUAAUCUCUUUGAAUUUGUAAAAACCUCCCCUGCUCUUGAUGCAAUGGCAACAAUGAUUGAUGAUGGAGACGCUAUAGUUGUAACGGGCGAGACCGAGAAAAUGAAGAUGUCCGUGAAUGGUGCUAUACUUCAUGAAGUGGAGGUACUUAAAGUAGAUGACGCAACCCUGGUGAAGCAAUAUGGGAAACUGUACCUGAUGUGUUCAGUUACACGACAACUAGUAUCUGGUGUAGUGCACAACCUUGAGCUUUACUUGGUUGACCCUGCUACUGGCUUCUCUUGGCUAGAUUCAAAGCCUUUGAAUGAACCGGCUAAGCUGACUAGUUUCUUCACUGGUAAUGCAGCAACUGGAACUACCUUGGUUGUAGCCUUGCAGGAGAACUGGUACCCUACUGCUUACACAAUACAUGGAAUGAAGUACAAGCCAUUUGUAGAACUAAAUGCACCCUUAACUUGGUGGGCAGAGCACUUUAGUGUGCCACAUGCAACCUUCCCAGAAAUCUCCAAACAUGCUCUAUUAAUUGGACAAGGAAAUGCAGUGAAGGUGCUAGAGCUGAAGAUGAAUGGACUGACUCACGAGGCUGAACAUGUUGAGUGCAACCCAGGAGCUUUCAAGUAUCCUGAACUAAUGCCAAUAGUCCCAGUGUGAUAAAACCAUUUUAAAAUUUUAAUAAAUUGUUAAUUAAA